UUUCAGUGAUUGAAUGAUUGCAUGCUUAAAUCGGCACUCACCAUGACAGCGAUAGUCUGGUUUUGCCAAGAAAAUUCAGCGAGGCCCACGAUAAACUUUAAGCACCAGAGAUGAGACUAGUAUUAUAAAAGAAAAGAAAGAAGCACCCCCCGAGGGAAGAGUGUAGUUUGCACUGGCAAAUGCAUGCAAAUUCUGAGACCCACAUAUACCAUCACCAGAAGCAGAGGCAGACAAAACUGCUAAAGUAGGAAACAGAAGCAGGAACCAUCAUCCCUUUACUUUUUUUCACUUUUUUUGUGGGGGGAUCAUUUCGGCAUGUGGGCUUAAAAAGAAUAUGAGAUCAGAGAUGGGUUUUCAGCGAGCUCUCAUGUAACCACUUCUUGGUGAGUAGCUUUUUCAGUACUUUUUUUCUUUAGCUGUUCUGGUUUUUCAGGAUUCCUUCUGUCGAGUAGUGUUUUUUUUCCCUCUUGGCACCUCUAUCGAGUAGUGGAAAGGUACGUUUGUGCUUGUUUCUGAUUUCUGAGGAUACUGGGAGUGGUUCUGUAGUUGCUCUUGAUAAUGCUUUUGUGAAUGCUUUUUGUAGUUUGCUUUGAUAGUUACUUUAAUCUCUGCAAAGAUCACUUUUUUAAGACAUUUUGUUCUUUCUCUUUAACUGUGUCCUUUCCUUUCUGAUAUUUGCUAGCUGUAGAUUACAAUUUAUUUUUCCCGUUUCAGAGAAACUUUGAUUUUGUGUUUUUUGAAUUUUAGGUGGGCAGUGAGUGGUUUUCACACAAAACUUCUCCAACUGUUUCAUACCAUUUUGAAUAAAAGGCGGUUCUUUUUCUGAAGGAAGUUAUAUAUGAGUUUAAGGUUCCCAGUAUCAACCUAAAAACCCAGCUCUUCCAGUUUUCCUAUUUGUGUUUAUAGAGUAUCAAUGCAAUGUUGGAAAAGUAGAGUUUUGUUGUCGGAGUAGCAGGCCUUCAUUUCUGGGAAUUUUACUCUCUUCUAGACACGUUGAGUGACUCUAAUAAUCCUAAGGGGUCUACGGUAGAUCUUUCGUAUUUCACAUCUCUGAGUGAAUAUUGCUGUAAAUUCUUGUUGAAUAUGGCUGAAAUUAGACUUCCUAGAGUAGAACAAAGCCAGACCAAGAUCAGAAAUGUUCCAAUUGCUGUGACCCCGGAAGGUUUUUGGUGUUGUCCUUCUCCUGUCGCGUUCCAAAAGACCCUCAAAGCUCAAAACCCUCUAAACAAACCAAAACCCUCCUCACCACCACCCAAGUUCACAGUCCAGAAGAAACAGGCCCCAAUAACAGAAAGAAGGCCAACACACACCCAAUCAAGACCAGGAAUUGUUUCUGAUGACCAACGAGAUUUUGGCUCUGAUACACCCGGCCACAGUGCACCUGUUGCUGCGGAACGAGCACCGAGACCCAAAAUUGAAAAUUUUCCGAGGAAGGUGGCAAUUGAGUUUGGUGAGCCUGGAACCAGUGAUAUGAAGGUGAUUUUACUUGGAAAGCAGGGAUUUUGUGUGAAAUUGAGUGUGCAUAAGAAUGUUCUGGUGGAGAAUAGCCGUUAUAUUGCUGAUAAGCUUUCUGAACAGCAGUCUGGUUCUUCCUCUCUAGAAAUUGAGGACUGUGAGGAUGUUGAGAUAUAUGUUGAGAUUGUGGGCCUGAUGUAUUGCAAAGAAAUUAAGCAACGAUUGAUCAAGCAAAAUGUCUCGCGCGUGCUCCGCAUCCUCAAGGUUGCAGAACUAUUUGGUUUCAACUCUUGCAUGCAGUCAUGUUUAGAAUACUUGGAAGCAGUCCCCUGGGUUGGUGAAGAAGAAGAAAAGGUGGUUUCGUCAGUCCUGCGACUCCAGGGUGAGGGUAUUGGUGUCCCCCCAGUAUUGAAACGAGUCUCUUCUGAUAUCUCCAAACCCCACAAAGACACACUUCCACAAAUAAUUGAUCUUGUUCUCAAAAGCAAUGAGGAACGAGGCCGAAGAGAAAUGAAAUCAACAGUGCUGAAGCUCCUUAGAGAGAAUAACGGUCUCCCAAGCUAUGCCGGUUCAACUGACAUCUGCAAUGAAACUCUUUAUAGUUCAUGCAAAAUCUGCUUGAAUUCGCUUUUGUCUUUGUUUAGGCAGGCUGCUGAACCAGGGUUUGCAGAUAAACCGAUGAACAGCAAAGAACCUGUGGUGAAGCAAAUACCUCUAGAGGCUGAUAACCUCUUGUGGUUGGUUGAGAUUUUAGCUGACAGGCAGGCAGCAGAAGAAUUUGCACUAUCGUGGGCUGGCCAGCUAGAGUUGGCUUCUCUACAUUCGAAGCUACCUAUCGUGUCUCGUUAUCAUGUUAGCGGCAUUACGGCAAGGCUAUUUGUUGGCAUUGGAAGAAGCGAGCUCCUGCCAUCAAAGGACACCCGUCAAUUGCUAUUACAAACCUGGUUAGAACCAUUGAUAAAUGACUACAGCUGGUUGCAAAAUGGUUGCAGGUCAUUUGAUAGAAAGGUUGUGGAGGAAGGAAUUGGUAGGACAAUCCUUACCCUGCCUCUAGAGGAGCAGCAGAGUAUUUUGCUUUCUUGGUUGGGAAGUUUUUUGAAGGCUGGUGAUAAGUGCCCAAAUCUUCAGAGAGCCUUUGAGGUCUGGUGGCGGAGGACAUUCAUUCGGCCUUACUCUGAAGCACAAGGUAAUAUUUUCCAAGAUAGUUCAACGACAUCACCAAUAAUAGACCUAAAAAAACAUCCGCAUGAAUGAGAGUAUACUUGACUAUACUGAGAUUAUCUUUUGCAAUCUACUGUUAGCACCAGCUAAAACUUUAUAAGAACUGAAAGUCAUGAUUGAAACUCUCUCUUCAUCAAGGGAAGAUGUUGCAGAUCCUUAGGAAAACUGGCGGCAUGACGUGGGUUUGCCAUGCUUCGUGCAGAACCGUUUGAUUAAUGAAAUUGCUUACUCGGUUUGAUGGGUAUGGGUUGACUGCUUGAUCUGUGAAUUAUUGAGAAGAUAUGUAAUCAAAAGUAGUUGCUUCAUGUGAGUUUGUUUAUCUGAAUGGAUUUGAUUUGAGUAA